GCCUCGGGGCCCUCGGACCCGGGGAGGGAAGGAGGCGCCGGUCGGAAAGGGGGGCGCCUCGAGAUACUUUUUUUCCCUCCCCCCCGGCUUCAUUGAGCAAGAUGAUGUGCGAGGUGAUGCCAACCAUCAGCGAGGCAGAAAUUCCUUCAGGAGGAAGUGGAGGAGGCCAUGGUUCGGGUUCCCCUUUACAGCCAGAUGCGGACUCACAUUUCGAACAGUUAAUGGUCUCCAUGUUGGAAGAAAGAGAUCGUCUUCUAGAUACCCUAAGAGAGACUCAAGAAACAUUGGCGUUGACCCAGGGAAAACUACACGAAGUUGGCCACGAAAGAGAUUCCUUGCAGAGACAGCUUAAUACCGCCCUUCCACAGGAAUUUGCAGCACUCACUAAAGAACUUAAUGUAUGUAGGGAACAGCUUCUCGAAAGGGAAGAAGAAAUUGCUGAACUGAAAGCAGAACGGAACAAUACUCGGCUCUUGUUGGAACAUUUGGAAUGUCUUGUCUCCCGACAUGAGCGUUCUCUUCGGAUGACAGUUGUAAAAAGGCAAGCACAGUCUCCAGCAGGCGUCUCUAGCGAGGUUGAAGUUCUUAAAGCACUGAAGUCUCUGUUUGAACACCACAAAGCCCUUGAUGAAAAGGUGAGAGAGCGGUUACGAGUAGCACUUGAAAGGUGUAGUUUAUUGGAAGAGGAACUCGGUGCCACGCAUAAAGAGUUAAUGAUUCUAAAAGAGCAGAAUAAUCAGAAAAAAACACUAACAGAUGGGAUUCUGGAUAUAAACAGUGAACAAGAAAAUACACCAAGCACUAAUGGGAAGAGAUCGUCCGAUGGUUCUUUAAGUCAUGAAGAAGACCUUGCGAAAGUAAUAGAGCUCCAGGAAAUCAUAGAUAAACAAACGAAAGAGCAAAGCCAAAUGAAAGAACGUCUGGCUGUACUUUCUAGCCAUGUAACAGAGCUGGAAGAAGAUCUCGAUACAGCUAGGAAAGACCUAAUCAAAUCUGAAGAAGUAAACACAAAAUUGCAAAGAGAUGUACGAGAGGCUAUGGCUCAAAAGGAAGAUAUGGAAGAGAGAAUCACAACUCUUGAAAAACGCUACCUCGCUGCACAGCGUGAAGCCACAUCUGUGCAUGAUCUAAAUGAUAAACUUGAAAAUGAAAUUGCUAAUAAAGACUCGAUGCAUCGGCAGAGUGAAGACAAAAACCGCCAGUUACAAGAACGUUUGGAGCUGGCAGAGCAGAAACUUCAACAGACUUUGAGGAAGGCAGAGACUUUACCUGAGGUGGAAGCUGAAUUGGCCCAAAGGGUGGCAGCACUUUCUAAGCUUGACCUUUUGUCUUCUGGAAACUCUUCUCCUAAGGAGGCUAAACUGUUGGAAUUUACUUCCAAACUUAGGAAGGCUGAAGAGAGACACGGCAACAUUGAAGAAAGAUUACGACAAAUGGAAGCACAACUGGAGGAAAAGAAUCAAGAAUUGCAACGGGCUAGGCAGAGGGAGAAGAUGAAUGAAGAACAUAAUAAACGUUUAUCAGACACUGUUGAUAAGCUACUUUCUGAAUCCAAUGAAAGACUUCAGCUUCAUCUUAAGGAGAGGAUGGCUGCCCUAGAAGAUAAGAAUUCUCUUCUUCGGGAAGUUGAAAAUGCAAAGAAGCAAGUGGAAGAAAUUCAGAAUGAAAAGGAUCAACUGGUAUUAAACAUUGACUCACUGAAGACUGAAAUUGACCAGAUGAGGAUCAGGGCUGCGUCACUUCAUCACAGUCGACCGCAUUUGGGCAGUGUGCCCGAUUUCCGAUAUCCUGUGGCUGAUACUCAUGCAGAUCCAUACAACACAGCCUCAGUGUUGCGGCGGCCCCAGAAAGGGCGCCUAGCGGCUCUUCGGGACGAACCCUCAAAGGUGCAGACCCUUAAUGAACAGGAUUGGGAACGGGCCCAACAAGCUAGUGUCUUGGCAAAUGUUGCACAAGCAUUUGAGAGUGAUGUUGACGUAUCUGACGGUGAGGACGACAGAGAUACUAUAUUCAGCUCAGUCGAUAUUUUAUCGCCCAGUGGGCAAGCCGAUGCCCAAACUUUAGCUAUGAUGCUUCAAGAGCAGUUGGAUGCAAUCAACAAAGAAAUAAGAUUGAUACAAGAAGAAAAGGAAAAUACGGAGCAGCGGGCAGAAGAAAUCGAAAGUAGAGUCGGGAGUGGCAGUUUAGACAAUCUCGGUCGAUUUAGGUCAAUGAGCUCCAUCCCCCCAUACCCAGGUUCAUCCCUAGCUGGUUCCUCCCCUCCUGGCAGUGGACGUUCCACACCAAGACGAAUUCCUCAUAGUCCAGCACGGGAAGUGGACAGAUUAGGUAUCAUGACACUUCCUAGUGAUUUAAGGAAACAUCGUAGAAAGUUGCCAGUUUCCAGAGACGAGGUACGAGAUGACAAGACAACCAUAAAAUGUGAAACAUCCCCACCGUCGUCCCCUCGAUCCCUUCGUUUGGAUCGACUACAUAAAGGGGCUUUGCAUACCGUAAGCCAUGAAGACAUCAGGGACAUAAGAAAUUCUACAGGUUCACAAGAUGGACAAGUAAGCAAUCCCAGUAGUAGCAACAGUAGCCAGGACUCCCUUCACAAAGCCCCUAAAAAGAAGGGAAUUAAAUCCUCUAUAGGCCGCUUGUUUGGUAAGAAAGAAAAAGGUCGGCCUGGACAAAUCAGCAAAGAGUCACUUGGACAAGCUGGAGUUUCAGACCUAGAUAACUCAUCUCAGGAUGCCUUGGGACUUAGUAAAUUGGGAGGACAGGCUGAAAAGAAUAGAAAACUACAAAAAAAGCAUGAGUUGCUUGAAGAAGCUCGAAGACAAGGUCUGCCUUUUGCACAGUGGGAUGGACCAACGGUGGUUGUGUGGCUGGAGCUGUGGGUUGGGAUGCCAGCAUGGUACGUGGCUGCUUGCCGAGCAAAUGUGAAGAGUGGUGCUAUCAUGUCUGCCUUAUCAGAUACAGAAAUACAGCGUGAAAUAGGAAUCAGUAAUCCUUUACACAGGUUAAAACUGAGGCUCGCUAUCCAAGAAAUCAUGUCUUUGACGAGUCCAUCUGCCCCGCCUACAUCAAGAACGACCACAGGAAAUGUCUGGGUAACACAUGAAGAAAUGGAAAAUCUUACAGCUACGCCACAAACGGAAGAUGAGGAGGGAAGCUGGGCUCAGACUUUAGCAUAUGGUGAUAUGAACCAUGAGUGGAUUGGCAAUGAGUGGCUCCCAAGUUUGGGGCUUCCUCAGUACCGUAGCUACUUCAUGGAAUGUCUUGUUGAUGCUAGGAUGCUGGAUCAUUUGACUAAAAAAGAUCUUCGUGGACAGCUUAAGAUGGUUGACAGUUUUCACAGGAACAGUUUCCAAUGUGGAAUUAUGUGUCUACGGAGAUUGAAUUACGAUCGGAAGGAGCUUGAAAGAAAAAGAGAAGAAAGCCAGAAUGAAAUAAAAGAUGUUCUUGUUUGGAGUAAUGACCGAGUGAUUCGCUGGAUAUUGUCAAUCGGUCUGAAAGAAUACGCAAAUAACCUUGUAGAAAGUGGAGUUCAUGGUGCACUUGUGGCCUUAGAUGAAACUUUUGAUUUCAAUGCAUUGGCUCUCCUGUUACAAAUACCCACUCAAAACACACAGGCCCGUACCAUCUUGGAAAGAGAGUUUAACAACCUUCUAAUUAUGGGUACCGACAGAAGAUUUGAUGAAGAGGAUGAUAAAAGCUUUAGAAGGGCACCUUCCUGGAGAAAGAAAUUUAGACCAAAGGAUAUUCGAGGUUUAGCUGUUGGAUCAGCAGAGACUCUCCCUGCAAAUUUCAGAGUUACUUCAUCAAUGUCUUCACCCUCUAUGCAGCCAAAGAAGAUGCAAAUGGAUGGCAAUGUAUCAGGAACACAAAGGUUGGAUUCUGCAACAGUAAGAACUUACUCCUGUUAAAGCCUUCUGUUGUUUACCCACACUACUUCUACAGAUGAUUAUGCAGCAUUUUGAAUUCAACAAAGACCAUAUUUUAAAAUUCAGUGGAUCUUUAAUGUUAAUACUUGUCAUAUGGACCUGUCGAGAUAUUUUAUUACAGAGUUUUUAAUUAGUGAAAAAUUAAUGAGUACUAUAGAGAAAAUAUUUUAGAAAUAAAUGUUUCUUAUAUUUAUGUAAACCUAUGUGACUUUUCAUUUAUACAGUUACUGACCUUUUUCAUGAGUAACCGGAUUAUAAAUAUCCUUUCAAACCAGUUCAUCGAUGUUCUUAUACUUAAUUUGUUAGUCUUUCCACCUGAAUGUACUGUAAUGCUAAUGUGUAUAAAUCCUAUGAACUAGGGUUUUUGUAAAUUAUGCAGUUAUUGUAAGUAACAUUAAUGUUUAAUUUUUUAAUAAUAAACCUGAUGGAGGAACUGAAUUUACUGUGUUUAUAAAAGUAUCACGACACCAAGCAGAAUACAUUGCCAAUCGGAUGCAGCUAGUUCUAAAAUAAGCAAAUUUUUCAUUGUGAACGGUUAUGGUGUGUGAUUUUAAUUACUGAUUAUAACUGUACUUUUUCCAGCAAGAAAAUGUUUGGUGUAGCCUGAACCGAUUUAAAAUUUCUUACCUUAAAACUCUUUUAUCAGACACGAACUGGGAAAUAUCAGAACACUAUGAAAAAUAUUAUUCAGCUGGUUAACGCCACAACUUUUAGUCUCUGUUGUACAGGGCUUAUAUAGCUGAUCUUCAGUGACUGAGCAAAAGCCAUGAACUGAGAAAUAUUCUCUGAACCAAGAGAGAAAGACAGACAUUGGGGAAAAAAAUCCUGAUAAUAGCCUGCAGACAAGUGCUUUCCUCCCACAUCCUUUUCCUUGAAACUCUUCGUUGAAAGGCUCUGAUGCAACUGUUCUUAGAGGACCAAUCACCAAGCACUGCACUAAUUUCAAAGACAUUGGUAUAUACUAGAAGAUGAAGGCACAGUAUCUGAAGAAUUGUGUAGUGCAACUUUUUAAAAAGGCCUUAUUUUUCUUACGUAAAUCGUCUUUUACAUUUGUUUGUAAACAUGUUUAAAGACUGAAUCUGGACACACAAUUUUAGAUUUUGAUGGUUAUAGCCAUUUCAAACAGUAUGAGUACAAAGUGUGUCUUUUAUUUUUUAGAUGGCAUAUUAAAAAGCCAGCAAGAAAUCUGUUCAGAUCAUGGUGUGUUAUUUAUUAUGCAACAAAAUAUAUAUAUAUAGCAUGUCUUUCUUUUUUGGUUUCUGCUUUCAAUUUACUUGUUCAACUCAUUGUUACUGUUCAGUUUUCUAUUAAUCUUUUGUGAACUUUCUGAUUAUGUAACAAAGUCUGUACAGUCUACUUUUGAACUAUUUUUAUCACAGUAUUAUUUAUUGCUUUCUUUCAAUAAAGUACUGAAGCUUUUUCCACUGCCAAUACAAACAGAAUAAAUUGUAAUUAUAUUGAAA